GUCGAAGAGAGUCGCGUCUUCAACCCAAAGCUCACGACUUUCUUUCCGCCCUUCCGCCCAACAUGGAUGACCUCUACGAUGAGUUUGGAAACUUCAUUGGCGAAGCUGAGGAGUCCGAGGACGACAGUCAACAUGGCGUUGAUGCUGGCGCAUACGUGUACGACGACUACCCCGAGGAGGCACCCGAGGCCACGGGACAAGAGCUGAUGGAGAUUGAUGAUGAUGGACCCUCGAAUGCUGUUGUGCUGCAUGAAGACAAACAAUACUAUCCUACCGCGCAGCAAGUUUACGGAGAAGAUGUGGAGACUAUGGUACAGGAAGAGGAUGCCCAACCUCUGACCCAGCCAAUCAUUGCGCCUGUCGAGCAGAAAAAGUUCACUAUCCAAGAAGCAGAUCUCCCCCCCGUAUUUUUUGAGAGAAGCUUCAUGACGGAUCUUAUGAAUUUUCCAGAACAAAUUCGGAAUAUUGCGUUUGCAGGACAUCUACAUCACGGAAAGACAGCACUUAUGGAUAUGUUGGUCCUCGAAACACACGACAUCACCGACCGAUUAGAGAAAAAGACUGGGAAGAAAAGAGACGAACAAUUGAGGUAUACCGAUGUUCACAUAUUAGAAAGGGAGAGAGGAUUAUCUAUCAAAGCGGCACCAAUGAGUCUGGUUUUACAGAGUACCCAAGGAAAAUCGCAUCUCUUAAAUAUCCUGGAUACCCCCGGCCACGUUAACUUUGUCGAUGAGGUAGCAUCCGCUCUUCGCCUAGUUGAUGGUGUUGUUCUCGUGGUUGAUGUUGUCGAAGGCGUGCAGGUGAACACAGAACAAAUCAUCAAACAUGCGGUAUUGGAAGGUUUACCACUUACGUUGGUGGUGAACAAGAUGGACCGAUUGAUUCUGGAGCUCAAGCUUCCCCCAACGGACGCAUAUUUCAAACUCAAGCAUGUUAUUGAGGAAGUCAAUACUGUGAUCGAGAACACAUUGCCUGGGCAAGGCGAGAAACGAAGACUCAGCCCAGAAAAGGGCAAUGUGCUGUUUGCCUGCAGUAACAUGGGAUGGUGCUUUACGUUACAGUCAUUUGCCAAAAUGUAUGCGGACAGUUAUCCCCCAAAGACGAAGGGCAUUCCAGGCAUCAAUGCUCCAGAAUUCGCUCGACGAUUAUGGGGUGACAUCUUUUACAACCCCAAGAAACGAUCUUUCACACGCAAGGCUGUUGAGGAGCGGGCCAAGCGUUCUUUCGUCAACUUCAUUCUGGAGCCCAUAUACAAGUUGUAUUCCCAAACCAUCAGUGAGAGUCCUGAGGAUCUGAAGGAGACUCUUGCAACCCUCGGCAUAACUCUGAAGCCUUCUCAGUACAGGACGGAUGCCAAGAUAUUGCUAAAGAUUGUCUGUGGACAGUUCUUUGGACCUUCAAAUGGCUUUGUGGAUAUGGUCGUCGAGCAUAUUCCCUCGCCAGCUGCGGCUGCUGAAGUCAAGAUUGAACGCUACUAUACUGGACCUCUCGAUACUGGUGUAGUUCGCGCUAUGAAGGAAUGUGAUCAAGACGGUCCCUUAGUCGUUCAGAUCUCGAAAUUAUUCAACACAAGUGACGCCACUGGGUUCUACUCAUUUGGACGAGUCAUGAGCGGGACUGCUCGGCCUGGCUCGCAAGUUCGAGUACUCGGCGAAGGCUAUUCGAUAGAUGAUGAGGAAGACAUGAGCAUGGCAACCAUAUCCGAUGUAUGGAUUGCUGAAACGCGUUACAAUAUUCCUACAGAUGGCGUUCCGGCAGGAAACUGGGUACUUCUGGGCGGUGUGGACAACUCGAUUGUCAAGUCGGCCACACUGGUUCCUCCUGUUUUACCAGACAAAGAGGAUGCCUACAUCUUCAAACCUAUUUUGCAUUUCACCGAAUCCGUUUUCAAAGUCGCCGUGGAACCUAUCAAUCCUUCAGAACUUCCAAAGAUGCUGGACGGUCUGAGGAAAAUCAACAAGAGUUACCCCCUGAUAACAACCAAAGUCGAGGAAUCCGGGGAACAUGUCAUUCUGGGGACGGGAGAGCUCUACAUGGAUUGUGUCCUGCAUGACCUGCGCCGGUUGUACGCGGAGAUGGAGAUCAAAGUCUCAGAUCCAGUCACACGAUUCUGCGAGACCGUGGUUGAGACGUCGGCCAUCAAAUGCUACGCUCAAACACCGAAUAAAAAGAACAAGAUCACCAUGGUUGCGGAGCCGUUGGACCAGGGUAUUGCAGAGGAUAUAGAGAGUGGCAAAGUCAGUAUCAAGAGUCCCACCCGGGUCAUCGGAAAGUUUUUCGAAGAGAAUUAUGGAUGGGAUUUACUUGCAUCCCGAAGCAUUUGGGCGUUCGGACCGGAUGAUAUGGGACCAAACAUUCUCCAAGAUGAUACUUUACCGUCUGAAGUGGAUAAACGACUGCUGUUGAGUGUGAAAGAUACUAUACGCCAAGGUUUCAGUUGGGCGGCGAGAGAAGGCCCGUUGUGCGAAGAACCCAUUAGGAACACCAAAUUCAAGCUUAUGGACAUUACAUUGGCCCCCGAAGCGAUCUUCCGGGGAGGCGGCCAAAUAAUCCCCACAUCCCGACGCGCCUGCUACUCCUCAUUUUUAAUGGCUUCUCCACGUCUAAUGGAACCGGUUUACUCAUGCUCCAUGACUGGACCUGCAGACUCCGUCACCUCAGUCUACACUGUACUGGCUCAGCGGAGAGGUCAUGUGUUAUCAGAUGGUCCCAUAGCGGGCACGCCGCUGUACCGGGUCAACGGACUCAUCCCGGUGAUAGAUUCGUUCGGAUUUGAAACUGAUCUCAGGAUUCAUACUCAAGGUCAAGCUAAUGUAUCACUGGUUUUCGAUAGGUGGUCAAUUAUACCUGGAGACCCACUGGACAAAGAUGUCAUCUUGAGGCCAUUGGAGGCAGCAAAAGCCCAAGCUACAGCAAGGGACUUCGUUCUGAAGACAAGGAGGAGAAAGGGUCUCAGUGAGGACGUGAGCGUUGCUAAAUUUCUCGAACCAGAACUAUUCUCAAGCUUAAAGGAGAGCGGUCUGUUGGACGGUUAAUAGAAGUGUCGCAAAUACAGUGGACAUGGAGUCUUGGUCGGCAUUAUCUCGAGUUUCGAGCAUUUCUGGCGUUUUAUCGGGAAUUCUUUCAUGUGGGCCAAGGGGCAAAAAGAGUAAAUGUAAACCGAAUAGUGAAAAGUGACACUUCGACUGCAGGUUGAAGCCCAGUAAAAUGUGAAUUUGAAGCUUCAACCGCGUCAUCCUGCAA